CUUUGUGUUGAUUUUAUAUAAAAUUUAUAUUAUGAGUUUUCGGAUGCGAAACAGACACAGCCAAUCAUAAGCGAUGUUUCGUGAGGGUCACGUUAUAUUGGCUGCGUUCUUUUGUGUCUGCGCACAUCCAAGAUUUGUUCUAGAAAAAGAUCUCUCUGCUAUUGGUCAGAUUUGGACAAAAUCAAAUUUGAUAGAAACUGAGCUUUGUGUUAUAUAAUCGAGAGAGAGAGAGAGAGAGAGAGAGAGAGAGAGAGAGAGAAAGAGACGAUUAUUUCAACGAUUUACUAUUUAUACAUUAUUAUGUGGUCAGAAAUUAAUUCAGAUUAGACAAGAGCUGAUGGGGACCGUUGAGUGAAGGUUCGUUGAGGGAGAUUUGACAAAGUACAUAAUGUGAAAAAGAGCGUUAGUUAUCGACAACGCGACUCGGGUCUCGGGUAUGCGUCAUUGAUGUGAAUCGAGGUCGAUGCGUGUGCGUGCAACGCAAGCGAGGACUUCCCUCAGUGCGCAGAACAGUGAGACAGCUGACCGAUGUGACGGACGCUCGUACCUCGGCGUCAUCGCGUGCGCUUGUACUCAGUUUGCACCGAGUGUACUGUGUUCGCGACGUUUUCACAACAAUAUUGGAUCGAACGAACGUUUUCAGAAAACUACAUUAGAGCAUUUGCUCUACAUCUCGCGAUCAUGGAACAAAUGAUCGCUCUGAGCACGCAAAAUCCAUUGUCUCUACUCGUUAAGUUUGGCAUGAUGGCUUGGAAUAACAGUUGCGGAAUCGAAAACUGUUCCGGCCAUGGAGAAUGUCAUAACGGGACUUGUCUAUGCGAGAUCCAAUUUGAUGGACCUGAAUGCCAUAUCCCGAAUCUAAGUUAUUACAUCGCCUUUUCCACAAUCUUCUUUCUCUUGGCAUUUGUUUGCUUGAUACAACUGGUAAUGUGUAUCGUCGCCGAAUGGCAGAGAAUGAAGGCGCCUUCGUUUCUGAGAGCGUGUCGAGUUACCACUCAGAAGGUGUUGUAUUUUGUGGUGUUCCUCGCAUCGGUUAUAAGAGGCGCAUAUUUCACAUCACCAACCGCUUUUAAAGGAGGAUGGUCCAGAAGUUUACUGUCGGCGUAUUAUCCACUGCUUUUAAGUGGAUCAUCAUUAAUUGUCUGUUUUUGGGCUGAGGUGGUUCAUCUGAGAGACAUUCGAUGGGACAAACCUCAGUUUUUAUCAAAGUCUUUUCUGGCCUUUGUUGUCUUCAAUAUAAUAACGUAUUCCCUCCUGCUCGCGGAAUUUAUCACAGCUCAGACAUACUCGCAAGAAGAUCAAAGUUUUUAUACACAUGUAUUCAACGGUUGUUACGCAGUGCUCUUAUUCAUUGUGGUAAUUUUCUUCUUAAUAUACGGAGUGGAAGUAUUCUUCAAAGUUCGCGGUGGAUUUUUGAACGAAUAUCAAGUUACUUCCAUCGCAACGAACAAACGUAUAGCCGAUGAAAUGAAAGUUCACGCCGAAGAUCAGGCAACGGCAAAGCUAUUCGCCCCAUCUUCAUCUGCAUCCACAGUUGAUCCUUUGCAGCAAGUGAACACGUCUCAGUUGCAUCAGUCGAGAUUUGGAUUGCUCUCGCAAGCUUUCAUGCUGUUUAUAGUAGUGGGCUUUUUGUUUAGUGAGACUCUCAGUGAAUUUUGGAAAACAAAAGUACCAUUGUAUAGCAGGAAUUGGCAUGAUGUAGUAUUUCGUGUUAUCGAAGUCGGUGUGGCAUUGUGGUUUCCGUGCGUUUUAUGGAACUGUAUAAGUCCGGAGCAACUAUGGAUUCUAAACCCGAAACGCAUACUGAAGAGACUCGAUCUCGAUCAGGGAAAGCACAUCAAGGAAAUCGAACUGCAAGAGAAAAAUGCGUCCCAAGACACCGCGUUUCUUUCCGCGGAUACGGCAUCGAUUAACAGUAAAGAUUGUUGGAUUUGUUACGACAGCGAGCGACAGGAUGCGGGCCCGUUGAUACAGCCAUGCCACUGCAGAGGCGACGUGAGCGCUGUGCAUCACGAUUGCCUGCGUCGUUGGCUCGUUGAGAGCUCCGUGAAUGCUGACAGCCUUAUCUGCAAAGUUUGCAACACACAAUACAACGUCGAACACGCCAGUCGAUUGGAUUGGCAAAACAGUUUGACUCCGCGCCAUUGUUUGCAAACUAUCGCUAUUGUUACCACGAUGUGCGCGUCUUCCGCCGCCGCGUGGAUAGUCAUUCAACUUGUGGAAGGGCCAAUUAUCAGAAUGUUCGCAGCCGGAACCGCGUUGCUGAUCAUGUACGUCUGCAUAAGAUUUUUGAGCAUGAACACCGUCGUGGCGUAUCAGCGAGCAAAAAUUGCUUCUUUGAACAUCGCCAACAGCGGCGAGAGCAGCGGAAGUGCGCACGUCGCGACGAUCAGUCACACGAUUUCCGUAGACUUGACGAAAUCGGACAUGGCUACGAUAUAAAUUUGUACUUGCCGCGAUAUAACACAGAUAUAUCUUCCUGCUUGAGAUCAAUUCAAGGUAGAGAGGGUAGAUAUAAUGUAUAGAUGUACAUUCUCUUUUCGACCCCAUGUGUAUAUAGCGCGCGAUAGUGAUUAUAAGGCGCGGUGUGUUUUUAGGUCAAAGUUUUAUGUUUUUUUUUAUGUUUUUUUUUAUUUUUUUUUAUUUUUUUUUAUUUUUUUUUUUUUUAUGUAUCUCUUUUUUGUGAGAUAACGGAGCUUCGCGAAAAUAAAUAAUACGGCUGGAAGGAAAACACACCGCGCCUGCUGUUUCACUAAGAGUUUACAUUGAAGUUGCCAAACAAUUCAUAUUUUACGUCUUGAUUAGGUCGUUACAUAAGUAUAUAACUCGCGAAGAUCGAUUUUUUGUAUAGGAUUUUACUCGUAUUUUACAUUGCAUAAAUACUUCACGUCUAACAUUUCAUAAAAAGUUUUUCAUAAAAUGCGAACGAUACGCAAUUACACGUACCUUGAUUGCGUUCGUAUUAAAUUUUAAUAAAUUUCUCAUUUGCACACUUGUAAGUAUAUGUCUAAAAACACUUUGGAUAUAUUCAUCAAAAUGAAAUUGGCAUAGUGGUUUUUUUUUUUUUUUCACAAUCAUUUGCUUCAAAGGAACAUUUUCAAAGAGAAGUUUUUCAUGAAUAUAAACAUUAUAUAUGUACGUAUAUAUACAUAAACAAAUAUAUAUAAAUAUAAAUAUAUAUAUAUAUACAUACAUAUACAUAUCAUUAAAAUAAUCAUGUCAUUGGUGCAAUUACUAACCAUUAUUUAAUACUUUACUGAUGAUAAAUAUUUAAGAAGAAUGUUACAAAGUAUUCUGUUGGUUCUAUUAAUGAUGUCUGCUCACGUAAAGUUGCGUCAAUUCUCGAGUCGAAUCAGUUCAAUUUGUGUGGAUGUUCAUGCAUCGUGAGUUUAGAUUUUUAUGUUGCUGCGUUCUUGAAAAAACCAGUUACACUCACGACUCAUAAAUAUCUGAACUUAACAAAAAUUAAUGCAGCUUUAUGUGAAAAAAUAGUAAUAGGACCGAUUGUAGUAGAAUAGUAAUAAUAGAGUUAUUAGAGAGAGAGUGCAUACUAAUAUAAUUAUUAUAUAUAUAUAUAUAUAUAUGUAUAUGUAUAUAUAUAUACUUUAUGAGUUAAGAUAUACAUAAAUGAUUAAGAAUAAUUGAAAUUAAUAAAUUUCAAAGAAUUUGUUUUUUUUUAAAUUAUUUUAUUUUAUUUUUUUUAUCACAUAAACUAAAAGUUCUAUAUUAAUAAGUGCUUGAAGAGGGUGAAAUGAACCUUGCUAUUACAGAUUUAUAUUGAAAAAUUAAUUUUGAUUUUGCGUCUUCUAGCUGUACACACAGCUAAAAAGUAUAAUUUUGAAGACAUGACUAUGUAACAUUGUAACAUCUGAUGCUGUAAUAAGUCACAUUGAAUUUAUAUAAACUUGCUAUGGGUAAUAUAUAUAUA